CGCACGUCGCUGCCAUCUAUCCCCUGUCGACAGUUUAUCUGGACGGCUGCCCCAAACCCGCUCCGAUUCGUCGAUAAGCGUAAUAGCUCAAGGAGGGGCCGGAUCGGCCACGCCCACCUAAGCCACGCCCCGCGAGGUCCAACGCGGGCCCGCCGUCAGUUAGAGUCGAUCAGUACAGACUGAGCGACUCGAUUUUGAACGGGCCUCUCGCGCGAUGUGUUUUUUAGCCAGUUGAACGUCGAGAAAGUGAGUUUCAUGCUGAGAAAACACACGGGCAGUGAUCGAAUUAUGACUAUCCAAAAUCUGGACGAUCUGGAGGCCAAGGACGGGGCAACCAUGCAGAAUCCCGAGGACAAGUCCGGGGACAACAAGCAGAUGACGUCUAAGAACGGCCAUAUAAGUUUCAGUGUCGCGUCUUUGUUGGCGGAUACUCGACCAGCACGUUCUGUGUCCCCUUCAGCCUCCCAGAACUCCUCAAACUUACCCUCUAGGCCGUCGUCGGACGAGGAGUAUGACUCCAACCAGGAGGACUCUAUAGUGGACGUGGAGGACCUAGAGACAGACGUUGUCAAGUCAGAAUGCAAAGAUAACGCAGGUGACUCUAGUAAUAACGAUAAGGACAGUAACAGUGCGGUUGGUAUGAUGGGCCCUCAAGGCCCUAUCAGGCCUACUCCUUUCUCGGCGCUGGCCGCCGCUGUUUACCAGGCAGCCCAUCCGAACUGGCCGCACCAAGGGAUGGUGAACCCUUUUGGAGGCCCCGGCAACAUGUUUCCAGGGCCUACUCAUUUUGGCGUACCCAACAUGAAUGCUGACGCCAAUGGGGAACACGCUAAACUCAAAUGCAACCUGAGAAAACACAAACCUAAUAGGAAACCCAGGACGCCAUUCACAACGCAGCAACUACUAGCUCUAGAAAAAAAAUUCAGGGACAAACAGUACCUCAGUAUAGCUGAAAGAGCGGAGUUCUCUAGUUCCUUGAGACUGACAGAAACACAGGUGAAAAUCUGGUUCCAGAACCGAAGAGCGAAAGCGAAACGAUUACAAGAAGCCGAGAUAGAGAAGCUAAAGAUGGCGUCCUUGUCCCGACACCACCACGCUCUCUACCCCCAUCCUGCCCUGCAGGGGUAUUUCAACCACGGCGCCCACCCUCUUGCGUCGCUGCUGGGCGCCCGACCGCCCAUGGGGCAUCUCGGCUUAAUGCCGCAGCCACCGCCACAUCUCAAUCCAACCCAAAGUGCAAUCAGGUCCCCCAGUCCACACAUGUCCUAGGAAGUGCGAGUGGAGUGUGCGGAAACGUGUGAAAAGCGAGGGAAAUUCAGUUUUCCGCUGGUCGAGAUUCGAGUGGCGUAAAAGAGUUGAAAGAUAGGAUUUUAAGCACGAAGCGGCAACGUCGCACACACAUUUUUUUCAUCAUGGCCAAAAUUUUUCGGUAAUUUUGAGGCGAAAAUCACAUUUUUUUUGCUUAUCUGGUUCUACAUCAAAUGCAAAUUUGAAUUACAACCGGCAAAGUCGCACAGUUCAUAACCCUUUUUUUUCAUCGUGGCCAGAACAGAAAUUUUAAGGCAAAAAUCACAUUUUUGGGCUAAUCUGGUUCUAUAUUACAUAUAUGUUAUUGCAAAUUUGAAUUACUCGGCCUUUUAGCAUUUAAUGAGAUAAACAAUGGUAUAGAUACAAGUGUUUAAUAUAUCGAAGUCACUUGGCCAAGAUACAAAAACUACAAAACAUCUGUUCCUUUGAUGUUUAGUCGUUUAGCUGCACGUGUAAAAAACCGGUUAUAAUUGAAAAUUAUCGAGACGAGAUAAAUUUCCAAUUAUCUAAAGAUUGAAACUUGGAUAAACAAUAUAUUUCCGCCAAAUGACUUUGGAAAGACUAAAUAUUCAAAACACCGGUUUUGAAGGCACAACUGUAUCAUUCAUAUGUUACUUUUUAUGCUAUUAUACUUUCUUUAGAACUUCAAUAACAAAGAUAGAAAAGACAUUUCUCUAAUUCUGUGGAAAAUUAGUUUAUUCUGCCAUAUCUUGUAG